CCGUCCCGCCGCGCCGGCUCCCGCCUCCUUCCCUUUCCACCCGCUCCCGCCUCCUUUCCUUUCCGCUGCCGAGGCGGCGGGAGCCGAGCCCGAGCGGACCGAACCGCGGCCGCAGCCGGCGGCGGGCUCAGGGGAGGAGGCGGCGGGGCGGGCCGCAGGCGGUCAGUCGGGUGGCGGCGGCGAUGCGGCGGCCCCGCUGAGCCCACCAGCUCCGGGCGCCGGGGACCGGCCGCGCGAGGCGGCCCGGGCCGGGCGGCAGCAUGCGGAGCGGCGAGGAGCUGGACGGCUUCGAGGGCGAGGCCUCGAGCACCUCCAUGAUCUCGGGCGCCAGCAGCCCGUACCAGCCCACCACCGAGCCGGUGAGCCAGCGCCGCGGGCUUGCCGGCCUGCGCUGCGACCCCGACUACCUGCGCGGCGCGCUCGGCUGCCUCAAGGUCGCGCAAGUGAUUUUGGCUUUGAUUGCGUUCAUCUGCAUAGAGACCAUCAUGGAAUGCUCCCCGUGUGAAGGCCUCUACUUUUUUGAGUUUGUGAGCUGUAGUGCAUUCGUGGUGACUGGAGUCUUGCUGAUUCUGUUCAGUCUCAACCUUCACAUGCGGAUCCCCCAGAUCAACUGGAACCUGACAGAUUUGGUCAACACUGGACUCAGCACUUUCUUUUUCUUUAUCGCUUCAAUUGUACUGGCUGCUUUAAAUCACAGAACCGGAGCAGAAAUCGCGGCUGUGAUAUUUGGCUUCUUGGCGACCGCGGCCUAUGCUGUGAACACGUUCCUGGCGGUGCGGAAGUGGAGGGUCAGUGUCCGCCAGCAGAGCGCCAGUGACUACAUCCGCGCCCGCACGGAGUCCAGGGACGCCGACGGCCGCCCCGAGAUUCAGCGCCUGGACACCUGAGGGCCCGCUGGGGCCCUUCUCCUCUCGUCCUCAUUUCCGUCCUUUCAAUCAAGUUUUCUUUCCCUUGUCAUGUCAGAUUUUUAUGUGAUUAAGCUGAAUUUUGUCCUUUUUGCUAAAAGCUCAUUUUGGGAAAGGGUUCUCCCCCUCCAGAGUGGCCCUGUUAGCAGAAAUGUGCAGUGGAGAACGCCUGUUCCCAGUGUUCCAACCGCAGUGGGCGGGAGAGACCUACAGAUUCUCCAGGGUUUGGUGGCCGUGGGAACAGCUGGCCUGCCUGGCUGCCAUGUCCACUCUAGGUCCUCACUGCCCCCGCGCUCGGGCUUCCCAUCUCUCGGUGAGCCACCCUGUCAUGUGUAUUUGUGACAAGUCAACACGUUGGAUUAAAUGGGGGCUGCCAGGAGCAGGUGGAAACCAAGGAAUGAGGGUGUGAGGCUGGGACAGUUUUGUUGGCAGUGAUGCCUGGGCGGCCCCAGGGUGAGCUCCGUCAGCAUCAGCCUCGCUGUCAGGACCCUCCCCUGCUGCUUGUCUUCCGUGCCUGGGCAUCGAGGCAGCCAGCACAGGCCCCGAAAGCCAGGUGUGUCACUGAGGGUCUUGGUGAUGGGUGUGCUGGGCAAGCUCUUGGCUGGGUCUGGACUUUAUGGGGGUGGGCAAAGCUGGUGUCCCUUUGGGACAGCUCCCCGGGACUGCUGACAUGCGGGAGGGGCACCUUCAUUUCCCACCCUGCGGAGAAAUCACUCAAUGCUUCCUCCAGUGAAUCACCUCCCCGAAUCCCAGAUUCCCGUCCAAGAACAUGGGGACCAUCUUGUUUUUCACUCUCCUGCCUACCCUUAAUACUUUGAGGCUGAAUUGAAGAUUUUCUGUAAUUUCACCUUUUCAGGUAAAAGCCAGGAAAGGAAUUUGAUCCAUUCCACCAGCCAGAACACUUGCCUGUUUGGACCACAGGUGGGGACACACCUCUGCUUUAGAGAUGUGGCUAAUUUUCAAAUACCUGAGAAGAGUUCGGAAGUGCUUCUGAGUGGACUUGUCUAGGAUUUGAAAAUACUUGAAUCUGCACCACGUGUUCUUUCCCUGAUAUUUCAGAAGGCACGAACGGUAGCUGUUUAUGCCCCGGGUCCCUACUCUGAACAUCCAUCUUAGAAGUUGUUGGGAAGAAUUCUGGGUGUGUUAGGUUUCGAACUGAUUCUUGACAGAGUGAAGAUUAUUGUGGUGAAGGAGUUAAAUGAGCCCCUAUGAUGCUGUACUUUUUUUCCUUUUGGAGACUAAUUGUAUCUUUUAUGGAGAAACUGUUUUAACUUGUCAGGUUUUCACUCCGAACUGUUUUUAAUGUUUACAGACCUCACUCUAGCUCUAAUAUUUUUGUGAUUGGCCCUGACCAAGGAAAAAACAUUUAUUGCUGGGGGGGGGGGAGAUUUUGCAGUAACUUGGAGAAUCCCCCGGGCCUUGCGCUGGUGACCGAUCACCACCUGAGCGGCAUUACCGAGUGAUGAGAGAGCGGGAGUGUGUGUCCGUGGGGUAAUGAGAGGAGAGCAUGUGUGAGGCAGUGUCCAUCUGUGCGUGUGUGGCACUUCGUUCUUCACAACAGAGCAGUGUCCGGGGUGAUCAGGUGACACAGCCAGGCAGGGGCUCUGUGGGGAAUGGUGCUGCGCCGUCUCUGAGUGGGCGGGUUAGGGGUUAGCUCCCGGAAUGAACGUCGGGUGCUGUCUGGGCGCUGCGGUACUUCCUCCCCAGGGCAGUGGCCCAGGUCACGUGGGCAGGCCACUUUGUGUGCUCCGGGGGCCACGGCGGCCAGUGCAGACCCAGCCUGCAUGGUGGUAACUCACCUCCCUGGGGUGCCCCGGAGGGCAGCCAGGGCUGGCCACAGCUGGACGUGCUGCAGAGCAUUCUGACCGAGCCCUCCUUCCUCGUCUGUCACGAGGCAGUGCGAGUCAUGCCUCGCAGACUUUGGACCUAUUGUAUGGAGUGAUUUUUGAGAGGAUGCUGACAUCUGGAUUUUAUCUGUUCAUUUUAUAUAUUUAUUUUGCAUUUGUUGAGUGUGUAUGCCUAGUCAAAAUUGGGCUUAUCUCCCUCUGCGAAUUCCAUUUAAAGACAGGGUCACCAAGACUCAGUCAGCCUUAUAUUAAACGGGGCCCAUUUGGAAGGACCACCCUGAGCUUUAUCAGACAUCUCCUGCUGGGAAUCAUGUUACUUGGCCUCGGUAAAAAACGGCCUUUGAAGUAGGACUGGAGAAAGGAAUACCAUUCAGGCAGGAUUGCUGCCCAGGUUUUCCCGAGUCACUUCAAUAAGGCCAGCUUAUCAUCUGGUGAGAGGGAGCCUCUUCGCCUCCUGGGGACGUGCCAUCAGCCGCAAGACACGGCUCUGAAGCCCCUGGAAACGGUAAAUGCUGACGGGUGACAAGAAGUGACGGCACCUUAGCCUCAGAGCGACUUAGGAGCUAAUUUGCAUCUUAGUGUCAGAAUCUUUGGAAUUAUUUAUGUCCCUGUAACUAUUUAAUGUCCUUUGUGCCGUGAGGCUCUCCUAUGGUUUUAGUAAAUAUAUUUCAUUCUAUGAAUUAGCUCUCACUACAACCGGAAGUAGCCAGCUAGUCCUCUAACCUGGUGUGCCGCACACCCGUCUCGUCACCCAGGGCAGUGCGGCGGUAAGAAGUUACGGAGGAAUGCAUUUAGGUGAAUGUGAAGGCACCUGCCUUUUUUUGGGUUGCCUCUGUGUACAAAUAAGACAAUCUAGAUUUGGGGGGAGCUUAAAGAAUUUUUUCCCUGCAAAUGGAAGGAAGAGUAUUUUCUCGUUUAAUAGUUCCAGUAUGGAUCAGUGUCAGGUUGCUUUGGGGCAUUUUCAGGCUGAGGCAGUCUUGGUGUCUCUGAGUUUUCUGGUGGGAUGAUAAUGGCUUUCACAGUCCGUGCCAAGGUUGAAGAGAACUACUUUGCUCCGUGCCUUUGAAUUUGUUCCUGGAGACCGUAUGGCUGAAACCCUCAAGCAUUCGGUGGUUUCAGAUGGAUGCAGACACUGACGUCUUUAGAGAAAUUUUAUCUUGGCGCUGAUUCGGUGGAUGUGGUCAUUUUUUCUCUGAUUCUCCUUUACCUUCUCUUUGCUUGAAGGCAUGAAGGGAAAUACCUUCUCGAUUUUGUACACAGAGAUUAGUCAUGAAAGCCUACAGACACCUGUUGGCACCAUAUAAAUCUGGGGAAGGACCAACGCAUUUACAGAGUGAAAUCUCAGAAGUUUGAUUUACAGUAAAGUAUUUUAUUUUAGAUUUUUAUUCUGCAGCAAUAGUCAUUCAAGAGGGAUAACUUUUGCCUACACAAAGGCAAGAAUGAGUGGCCCACCCAGUCCCAGUACUCACCCAUGUCUUCCUUGGCAACUUGAACUGAAGGGCCAGCAUCAGCAGAGCCCAGCUUGGCUGCAGGGAAGCCAGCAAGGGCCUGGCCUGGCUCUGAGGGCUUGGCUUGGGGCGACACCGCAGCCCCCUGGGCACCACCACCAUCCCUGGCAGGAAUGCUCGUGCCUGUGGGGAGGUAUGGAGUGCGUCUGACCUCCACCCUGUGUUGGACGCUUCUGGCAAGAGCUCCGUGACUCACUCGAAAACAUUCCUGCCCUUAACGUGUGCAGCCUCACUAGCCUGUCUUCGGAGGCUUCUCUGUGAUUGACUCGUGUAAAGCCACAGGUGGUCUCUGAGGAGAGAAGCACUUACUCUUCUGUCGCACGAAUAACCUCACCUUUCCUUGUGGACACUGGUGCUGUUUGGGAAGACACCCCUCGCCUCUCUGUGCUUCAGAGGUGGACCAAGUUCUAAUCUCCGGGCGCGAGACUUCCCGCAGGUCGUUCUUAGAACCACCUGUCCUACCAGAGGAGGAGAGUGUGGCAACAGCCUGUGGCCAAGGCAGUGAUUCUAGAAGGCAGCGACGAUUGAUGUGGUUCCCACGGCGCCGUCCCUGUUCUAAACACGGCAUCCAGGGAGUCGUCGUGCCACUGCCUGGCCCUCAUUCUCUGUGUCUUGCCUAAAGGAUGAAAACGACACUGAACAGGUAGCAAAAGGCACAGACACUUUUUAGGUUGAGGGCUGCUGCCAACUGACUCUCUAGAGCAAAAUAAAAAGUCGCUGCCUGCUCCAGGGGCUGCCAUUAACCUGUGAGGUCUCCAGGCACCUUUUCAGUUUCCUAGUGAAGUUUGUAGAACCCAGGGGUUCUCUCUUCCCCAGACCUUGCUCAUUUUAUCAGCACCCAUGCUUAGGACCAGCAAGGUGACAGGCUGGGAGCAGGGGCAGGUUGGGGGGGGGGCUGCAGCCCAGACUCGGUCUGCUGAGGAUAGCACCAGACUGGUUACUGACCCAGGAAGUCUUGAAGAAAUGUGCUUGGUUAACCGCCUUUCUAUCCUCUGUCUUUGGAAAAGUGAGAUCUUGUUCUGGAAUCAGCUUGAGAGCAAGAGCUGAAUGUAGGAACCCGUGUGCCUUGGGGCUCUUGCCUUUGAGUCUGGGAGCUCGCAGGUCUAGACAGGUGGCUGGCUCAUCUCCCACCUUGGAGAAGACGCAGAUGGAGCACUGCCUGGGGCGCACUUCCCAGCGCCCUACGAACCUCAGAAGAAGUGGGUUUCUUCUCUUCCCAUCAGAUAUUGCUGAAAUAAACGCUAAGAAUUGUCUGGUGAGAAGGUAAUUUGAAAUAUUUGACCCUUUCCAUUUCUUUCAUUCCAAAACUGUUUCUGAAAGAAAACACCCCCAGCACGUGUUAGAUCUAGAACUGUCUUCUGAAAGCCAAUGUUCUGUUUGGCUUUUCCUCACACCAGUAAACGGCAUUUGUACCUUCUUGGGCUUGAAACGGAGGAGUGGGGCCUGAUACACUCUCCCUUCUUUGGUCUGGACCAUAUUCUUAUUCCAUUUGGAUAUGUUGUCUCAGUCUUGGGGAUUUUCCUCUAGUUUGUCAUAUUCUGUGGGCGUAGAAAAGAAGAGUUCCCUGCAAGCCCCCUGAGUUUGAAUGACUCGGUAGUAGUUUUCCUAGAAUGAAGUUGAGACUAUGGAUCCUUGAUUAGUGUGUCUUUUUCAUAGGGUUAUUUCAUUGCCUAUAGUUUUUGAUGCCAAGACCUUCAAUCAGACACCCUGGGGUGGCUCGGGAUGCAUUACAGUCAAAGGCGGGAGAGCCUUCAUGAAGGGGUUAAUAGCCUGGGCUCUACCGAGCCAUCAGAACUUCUGCGGUUCUCUUUCAGAGGAGGAAAUGUCUCAGAUGACCUCUGUGGGUGGGAUUAGGGCGAGGCCCGUGGUUUCUUUUCAUAAUUGUGCCUCUGAGCAGAGAGCAGGUGCGACACAAUUGGUUCUGAUGGGGUUUGUCUGUGAUUCAGUAGCCAUCUGAGACCAUCAAAUCCCAGUCCUUUCUGGAGGGCCCUGCUGGAACCCAGUGGGAAGUUCCUCUUAUCAGGAAAGCCACCUGGAGGGAAGGUCGGGAGGUGGGGACUGUGUCAGCCCGUCCCCGUGCCAGGCAGGGGGACCAGGUCUGGCUGAUGGCUGCCUCCCUCCGUGGGGCCUUUUCCGGGAUCCAUUUGCAAGUUUCAAGAUUCUCCUCCCCUCUCUGCAAAAGUGAGGAAGGCAAAUAUUCUGGGCUUGAAGGAAGAGCUGGCUGGCCCAAGGCUGGGUGGGGGGAGGCUGGCUCUGUUGCCUGGAUGGCCCCCCAGGGUGGCUCAGGCCCGCAGAGGGGCCACCUGCUUUCAACUCUUUCAACCCCAUCAGCCCAUUUAAAAACGAGUCUUCAAAUUCUGCCUCACAGUGAAAUGACAUAGGCAUAAAGCUAGGGCUUUUCAUAACUUGAUUUUUGUUGCGCUUCCCUCUAGGAGAAUGCUAGGGAUCGAAACUAUUUGUAUAUGUUGCAAUUUGUAGGGGUUCAGGAACCCAUGGGAAAAACACUUAACUAUUUAUUACAGGUACGACUAUGUUUUUUUCCCCCAAGUAGGUAAUUCUGUCUUUGUAUAUUUCAAGACAACUAUAAUCACUUCACCUUUGGUGCCUUCCGUGUGUCAGUCACAUAAACACUCUUGUUAAUCAUGUAAUUGAAAAAAAAAAGAUGUACAUUUAAUUAAAUCAGAUAACACUAUUUUUGUAGCAUGAUUUUAGAUCGUGUCCUUUUAAUAUUGCUUUCAGCAGCGCUGGUUUUGAGGUUGGCCAUUUUCCCUUUGGACUUCGUGUGUAUUUUUGAAAAGAAAAUGAUGGAAACCACCCCUGGCUGUUCUUGCGUCCUCUCUGCUGCUUUCUGCCCCUCAUCUUGUUCCCGCUUAUUUAAAAAACAGUCUGAAAGUAAGAGUAUAUUUCUGUGAAAUAAUUCUAAAUCGGUAUAACUGCAUUGGGCAUUUUUAAACCACGUGUUCAGUGUGGAGAACCACUGAUAGUGGUUCGGCCUCCGAUGAGCCGCCUCAGAACGGGCGCAGUGGUUCCGUAGAAAGAGAAAAGAACAACACCCUUGGUGCUCCGGCCUCCCUUCUCUGGGUCUAAACCGGAGAAGGCCUUUUGUCUGGGCCUUGUGAGCCAGAGGGUGCGCUGGGGCGGGGCUGUGCUGCGCCCUUCACCUGAGGGCCGCCCGCCCCCCCGCCCACCUCCCCGCAGGUCCAGGGCUCCACCAAGCACUGGAUCUGCUUGGGUUGGGGAGCUGGUGAGGCUCCCUGGCCCUUUCUCGCUGUGGGUCUGAACAAAACAAUCCCCUGCUGCGAGGAGCUUGAGGAAACCACCACAGGAGGGCGCUCUAGCUGCCCUUCUUGCUUUGCCUCCCCUACGGGACACAAGCUCUAUCUGGUCAAGAAAAAUCUCGAGGAAACUAGCUGAGCCAUUGCAACAUGAAGGAAUGGAUCUUUUGAAACAUAAAAUUGUAGUUUUUUUUGUCCUCUUGGAAGGGCCAGAGUAUGUAAUUACUUUAUAACAAAGGAAGUCGAGUCAGGUGGUUAAUAACUCUUAAUGCGAUGACUCAUUGGCACUCGCCCUGUGGCACUUUGGGGGACGAUGUUCAUUUACCAACCAUUGCACUUUCUUCACAAAAGUCUGUUUUCUCUGACAGUUAGACACAGCUGUGGGGUGUUCUGAAGUGAUGCCCGUCUGGUACAUUCUGGUUUAUGUUGUUGGCUGGUCAGAGAUCCUACUCUGGCUUCCCGAACCGACACCGGUUCCCAGGGGCAGGCCCCCCGCAGGCUCCGACCGGCUCUCGGGUCGGACUCCGUCCGCGUGCAGCGGUUUGGGCCCCGGAGCCUUCGCUUUGGUCGGUUUGUCCCCGACAGCAGGCAGAGCUUCACGUUGCCCUCGGUUUCCCCUUUAUUUCCUUUGAAGGACCAACUUUUCAUGGUACUUGUCCUGAUUGUUUUCAUAGUGUUCAAAUCUGUAUUUUUGUAUGUAGAGGGAAAAUAAUUUUCUCAACACUAAUCGCUAAUAUUGUAUUAAAUCGUCAUGAAGGAGUUCUUGUUUAAUAAAUGGACAUGUAAAAAUGG